AUGGAUUCUUGGUCUUUUCGUGUCUGUCACACUACAGACGAAAGCUUAGCACAGGUUUAUCGGGGUUCCGAUUCGGUUAAGCCACUUCCAAUAAUCUGGAAUAAUUAUCCUCGGUGGGGUCCACACAACACAAUCAUGUUCGAUGAUGUAAGACGUAACUUUGUCAUGAAUCCUCAGAGUGGAUUACGUAUUCAUGCUUUUCGUGAUGCCCACGUGAAUAAUGCAACUGACCGCGAGCUACUUUGCUUGGCCAAUUAUCUGGAGUUAAUAGCAUCGCGCCAGCUCGACUUCACCAGACUAAAUCACCAUCGGUGGUCGCGCUACCUCGAAAAACACUGGCAGCGGCAUUGUGACAAGCGUCGCCGCUUAACUAAAGAGCUGGCUGACACAGAACCCUCCAGUCAGUCCGGUGACCUAGUGACCCCUGCUGCUGUCAUUGCAAGUACCAGUCUUGAACCGUCGGGAACAGUCAUGAUUACGGGAACCUCUGUAGCUACUCAUGACAGUAACCUACAGUAUCGUCACCAUCAUCGCCAUCACGAUCAUCAGCACCGACACCGUGGACAUGGGCAUCGGCAUCAUCACCACCAUCAUCGGAAGUCACAACUUGAGGGGCAGCUUCCCAAUGCUAAUGGCGUCAACGAGGCUUUGGGUGUUAGAAUGGAUAGCACUGAUCUAAUUGAAAUGCCCUGUCCUGGUUCUAGUUCAAGUUGCACUCCGCCAAAUCUGCUCAACAAGCUUACAGUUUCGUCAUCAGAAGUGGAGAGCAAAAGUGAUUUUGCUUUGUUUUUUCUCUUGUUUCCAUAA